AUGGGUUACAGGUCCUCAGAAGCAAAAAGGGCGGAAAUCUACGAAGGACUACAAUAUGCACAAAGAGAUGGAGAAACCAGCGUAGACGAACUAGGCAAGAAGAUAGUACUACCUUCUUCAUACAUUGGUGGGCCACGUGAUAUGUACCAGCGAUACCAAGAUGCGAUGGCAUUAGUACAGAAAUAUGGGAAGCCUGAUAUAUUUCUUACAAUGACUUGCAAUCCACCCUGGCCCGAGAUUGUAACUAAUUUACGUCCUUGUCAAUCUGCAUCAGAUAGACCUGAUUUAACAACUAGAGUAUUCUGCGUUAAAUUUGAAGAGCUGAAAGAAGAUAUAUUUAACAAGAAUGUACUGGGAAGAGUAGCUGCUCAUGUUCACGUUAUUGAGUUUCAGAAAAGAGGUCUACCUCAUGUCCAUAUGUUGAUCAUAUUGGAAAAAGAAGACAAGUUACAAAGUCCUGAUGAUUAUGGUCGUAUAGUUAGAGCAGAAAUCCCUGAUAAGAAGAAAGAGCCCGAAUUAUAUAAGUGUGUGAAAAAAUGGAUGAUUCAUGGUCCGUGUGGCAGCAAGUGCAUGAGGAAAAGGAAGUGCAAGAGAGGGUUUCCGAAACAAUUUUCUGAAUGUACCGUGCAAGGCAAAGAUGCUUACCCAGUCUACCAGAGGAGAGAUGAUGGAAAUACUAUACAAAUGAGUAAGAAAUUCAUAGCGGACAAUAGAUUUGUGGUUCCUUACAAUCCUUGGCUUCUUCAGAAAUACGAUUGCCACAUCAAUUUAGAAGUUUGUUUCACUGUCCAAAGUGUUAAGUAUCUUUACAAGUACGUCUACAAGGGCCCAGAUUGUAUUUACUUUCGAGUGCAACCAGUGCAGCCAGAAUCCGAGAAUAACGAGGUAACACGUUACAUCAAUGCAAGAUGGGUGUGUGCUCAAGAGGAAAUGUGGAGGAUAUACAGGUUUGCGAUGAAUAAGAUGUAUCCAUCAGUUCAACGGUUGCACUUGCAUCUUCCCACACAAAAUAGUGUCAUGUUAUAUGAGCAUCAAACAGUCGAUGAGGUCUUAGCAAAUGAAAAUAAUUCCAAAACGUUGUUGACGGAGUAUUUUGUUACAAAUUCAUGUGAUCCUAUGGCUAGGCGAUGGUUGUACCGGGAGUUUCCUGAACACUACACAUGGGACAAAGCAAUUAAGAAAUGA